UCUUCUAAUAACAUUAGAAAAACUAAAAAUCAAAGUACCUUACGAAAGACAUUUUCUACUUCUAUGUUUUUGCAUGACCACGUUUAUAAAACUAAGAGGAUAUGCGGACUAUGUGUUCAGCAAAUAUGACCAAGAGUGGGAUAAGAUCAGAGCGUUCAGUACACCUAAAGUGUUGAGGUUCGGUGAAAUUCUGCAAAAGUUUCAUCCCAAUGUCGAUAAGAGUGCGAAUCCCACAGCAAGAUUGCUCAAAGAGAUAGAGCAGUGCGAUUUCGCGAAGUUAGGCGAUGCUCUGGAGGACCAAGUGAACACUUUAGAGGCGAAUUUGAAGGAGAUACACGAAUACUACACUGAUAAAGAUCAGGUUUUGAUCAACGAAGCCCUGGAGAAAGGAAACUGUGGGGUUCAAAACGAAGCUGAAUCACACGGGAAUAAAACAGGACACUCUGUUAAAAAUAUGGGAAUGAUAAAGAAGUUUCUUCCCAAUCCCACGAAGCGAAUUCUCAGGACCAAUCCCACGCGAAUAAAGUGGGAUUCAGUCGACGUACCGGUAGGAUGCGCGGGCGUAGAGUUCAGAGGACGAACGCAGCGAGGAUGCAGAUGACGUUGUUGAAUCCCGAUGCUUUAUGUGGGAUUGUGUUUGUGAAAGAGCCAUUGAUGGCGAAAAUACUGUUCAUGCUGAUUGUGGAUAUGUCCCGGUGCCAUCCGAAGCUGUCAUAUCUCUGCGCGCAGUACUGCGCAGUGGAACACGGCACCGACCCGCUGGAGCUCAAGGAGUGCCAGCGCCAGGGGAAAAAGCAGGAGGAUGUUCUUAAAAAAUUCCGCAUGCACGAAUGUAACCUUCUCCUAGCGACGCCUGCGUUGGAGGAGGGCAUAGAUCUGCCGAGAUGCAACCUCGUGUUGAGAUGGGACGUGCCGCCGUCUUACCGCUCGUACCUCCUGUGCCGCGGUCGCGCGCGCGCCCCCCGCUCGGCCGCGGCCGUGCUCAGCGGCGCCGGCCACGGACAGACCGACCAACUGCUGAGAAACGUCGCUAUAUACAGAGAAUUGGAUCAGAUAAUAACAAGGAAAUGCGGAUGCGGAAUACAGAACGAGCCUCCGCAAGUUGAAGAGGAUCAUGCGGAUACACUAAACAACAUCAUAAAGCCAUACGUGCCUGUAUUGUUAAAAAAUCCAAAUAAAACCACAAACUUCAUCGAAAACAAAGCACAAGCGGUGAAAACAGAAAGUAUCGAAAAUGAGUCGAAAAAAAAUUCUGACAAAAGUGAUUCUAAGAAUUCAGACGAAAAUGAUUCUAAGAGUUCUGACACGUCAGAUCCUACUGACACGUCAGAAGCUCUCGUCAGAACGGAGAAUAAUCUGAAGAACGAGAAUCUAGUAUGUAACAAAUGUACUGGCGUGAAACCUUGUGCGAGUGCGGAGUGUUUGUGCGUCAACGGUUCUGACGUUAAAACUGACGUCAGAUACGAAGUGAAGUCUGACGCGGAGGUUGUAGCGAGCGUGGACUUAAAUACGGCUAUAGCUUUGAUUAAUAGAUACUGCGGCAAGCUACCAUCAGACACGUUCACUCGCCUCGCCCCGCAAUGGUGGAUGGAAACAGUCCAACUACCCGACGAGAGUGGAACACACCGCACCGCGUACAUCUGCACGCUGCGACUGCCUCUCAACUGUCCCGUCAAGUACAAUAUAGUGGGUCACCCGAUGCCGACCGUGGUGUUGGCUAAACGGAUGGUAGCCCUGCAGGCUUGCAGGAUCCUUCAUAAGUCUGGAGAGCUGGACGACAACCUCAUGCCUAUAGGCAAGGAAAACUUCAAAGCGGCCGAGUUGGAAACGAACAGCAACACUGACGACGAGACGAACGACAGCGCCAGACCGGGCACCACCAAGCGUAGACAGUAUUAUUACAAACGGACCGCGUGGGCGUUCACAGAUUGUCAGCCGGUCAUAGACACGAGCGAUUCAGAGAUAGACUCACCAGAGAACGGUGCACCAGAAGCAACACCCACAGAAAAUAAGGAGAUUAAAGGCGGCAAGCGCAACAUGCUGUACGCCAUAGUGUGCAGGCUGUGCUGCGCCCUCCCCGAGCGCUACAACACGCGCGGCAGGAGGCUGCACGCGCCGCAGCACGCCGCGCAGGCGCUCGGGAUACUCAUGGCCAGGGACAGGCCCACCAGGUGGGAUGUACUGUGGAUGAAUGAACAUUUAUUUACCACAUUCUAGGGUUACAAUAAAUAGAUGGUACAAUAAAAUCAGAAUCACACACUCUGUCAUUAUUUACGUGCAAAUAUUUAAAACUAAAGAUGUUUUUAAACGUAGACAGAAUACUUUUCUCUUUACGUUUUUAAAAGU